AUGGAGCAAGGACACACGACUUUAGAGAGGGGUGUGAGCUGUCCGGGGCGACCGAGAGAGCACCAGCAGUACCAGCAGGACGUCCCAGACUCAGAUGCAUCAUGGAGCAAAUCAUCCGAAUUCAACAAAGACCAGAUGAGCCGGAAAACAAGCCUCGAGCACACCUCCCCUUUGGCCUCCUCCCUCGUCUCUCUCUCCAGCUCUGUGGCGACUGGACUUCACCGCAGCGUUUGCAAAAGUAACAGAAACUCGAGCCGUGUGCCUGGCUCGAGUGGGGUGCGAGGAGACAAGUUAGAUUCAAAAACUCAUGGUGGAAGUACAGCAACUGCAGUGAAAGAGCUCUGGCGUGGACAAGACUUGACUCGCAGCACCAGUUUGUCUGAGAAAGAGCUGAAAGAAGCAAGAGUCAGAAGUCAAAUCAUCGCCGCUCAGCUCACUGUCCCCUCCAAAUCCACCUCAAGAGGAGUCCAGCUCUUCAACCGGCGCCGGCAAAGAGUAAACGCUUUUACUUUGGAGAGUGGCCGUAGGGCAGGGUCACGCGAGGAUAAUGUGACACCCAACAUCUCGUCUAACAAGCUGACAUGGGCCGAGAGAAGCAGUGAGGAGAAGGAUUUGAACUUAAAGAAUAGCACCGGUGUUGACGCCAAAAAGAAGAUGAGCAAAUCAAUCCCUGAACCGUCCACAGAGGAAGAGCUGAUGGCUUUGGGUGCAGAGGCAUCAAACUUUCUUGCAAAAGAGGAGGUUAAAGAAGAGGCUGCCAAAUCACCGGAGUGGGCUUCUAGCUUAAAGUCAUCUAGAACAAGGCCGAGGGCAGAGCACAGGCCAGAGCAGGCACUUACAAAUGUGGCAGGGAAAGGGGCUGAGCUAUUUGCCAAGCGCCAGUCAAGAAUGGAUAAAUAUGUUGUUGAGAAUCCAAAACCAGCGCAUCAGCGAUCUCCUUCACCCACAAUGUCCCUACCUCCGUCUUGGGUUUAUCCAUCCAACAUGCCAGGAAGGGUUAAAGCCAUUGCUAAGAACUCAGAAAUGUCUGCUCAGCUUACUCAAAACCUAAUAGCCCAACAAGCUGCCAAGCAAAAGCCCAAGCCAAAAGUGCCAACAGCCCAGCAAGCUCCACAGCCUGCUCCUCCACCUGCUCUGAAUGAGAAUGGAUGCUCCAAAAUAGAAAUGGACUUGUCAAGACAUCGACCAUACCAGCUCGACUCCUCUCUCUUCAUCCUCAAGCCAGCGCAACCAGACCCUUUGAGCACCCUGCCCAGAGGAGCACCUACAGCAAAAAACAUAAUGCGCUCCCAAUCGCUUCCCAGACAGUCUUCUAUGCCCAGCAACCCACUUUCUCCAUACCGAAGUCAGGGCAUGCCUCCUCCACUGGCAAUGAGUCCGUGUGCAGGGCUCCUAGACGCUCAGCAGAGGAUCAGCUCUCCGGCUUUCUCCCCAGAGCGAGUGGCUUCUCCUCGCACAGGCACCCAGGCACCGAGACCCACUUUCUCAGCCAGGAAAGCAGGUCUCGAAGGACAGACACAAAAAGAGUCCCUGAAUAGCACUUCAAAGGAGUCUCCAGCACCCCGGGCAGGGGCCAGCCUCACACGGCGCUUCAGCAGCCCUGCAGACCCUUCCACGGUUGUCUGGAGUCCAGCCCGGCCCUCUGUCUUCUCCCCUGUUUCCACCCCCAGAGGCAGCAGGUGUCAGUCCCCUUUGGAGACUCACAGUGUCCAGUACAGACCACCCCAGACCCCCACAAGCCCAUCUCCCUGGGGAUCACGAUGUCAAUCCCCAGCAAACACACAGGGUCCCACCAGCCCCACUUUCAGGCCCACUCAAACAACCACAUCUCCCCUUCCUUCCCCCUGGGGGUCAAGGUGCCAGUCUCCCAUGAUGACCCAAUUUCAAACGUCCACUGCAUUCACAUCAAGACCCUCACAAACAGCCACCUCCCUGGUGUCACCUCCAUGGGCAACCAGGAGCAAAUCCCCAGUUGGGAACCACAAUCCACCAGCUCUCCUCACUGUUUUAAAACCUGCACACACCUCUCCUGUGUCUCCUCCCUGGGGAUCAAGAAGCCAGUCCCCUAUGGUGAAUCACACUGUGUCCUCAUCCCGAGCGUCGAACACUACAGCCACUUCCCCAUUCUCUCCCUGGGGCUCCCGUUGCCAGUCUCCAGCCCUCUCCCAGAGUAGUCUGCCCUUCUCUCCCAAACCUUUGAACAGAUCUGCUGCCUCUUCUCCAGUACCCGCAUCUAAAGACACCCGCUGCAUGUCUCCCAUUGUCUCCAACACAGACACAAAGGCUAACCACCGCCUCCUUGCAAAGAACAUCAUCAAUGCAGCUAAGCGGAAGAACAGUGUUUCUCCUGGGGCCCUGAGUGGCCAGAGUCUCCCCAUCACCCCGAUGGGCACCACUCAUCAUGGCUUUGACUCUCACAAACCUCCCAUGAGCCCCUUCCACAGCCGCCCCUUAGGAGCCCAGUCGCCCACCUUCACUAGUCCCCCUCCCACCCCAACACAGGUGUGCUCCCCAGCGCGCCUGUACAACACACGUUCCCUCACUGACUCAGAUGCUUCAGUGGAGUCUGAGGACUCGGGUCUGCGCUCGCCUGGUCUCUAUUACAACUCUCUGCCCAGGGGUUGGGGGGGAAGCCUGAGGGUGAAGAGGUCCACUGUGUCCACCGACCUGUGA